GCCGCAGCCCCGCCUUCCUAUGACGUCACACGAGGAGCCCUGAAGUGGCGGUCAAGCUUGAGGCGUCAUCUGGCUGCGCCUAGUGGGCCGUUGCUUUACAGUUGCUGAGAGGAGGCGAGAGGCGGGGACGCUAGGGCUAAGAUCAUGUCUGACUGGGAGAGGUUUCCUUGGCAGCAGAGGACGCUAGGUUUGGGAUGAAAGAAGCUGGGCAGAUGCAAAAUCUGGAGAGCGCGAGGGCCGGGCGGUCAGUCAGCACCCAGACUGGCAGCAUGACCGGUCAGAUACCAAGGCUUUCUAAAGUCAACCUUUUCACUCUGCUCAGCCUCUGGAUGGAGCUCUUCCCAGCAGUAGAAGCCCAGCGGCAAAAAUCUCAGAAAAAUGAAGAGGGAAAGCAUGGACCCUUAGGAGAUAAUGAAGAGAUGACCAGAGUAUCUACUGACAAAAGACAGGUAAAGAGAACUGGUCUUGUGGUGGUGAAAAACAUGAAAAUUGUUGGUCUCCACUGUUCUAGUGAAGAUUUACAUGCUGGGCAGAUUGCUCUUAUUAAACACGGGUCAAGGCUGAAAAACUGUGAUCUUUAUUUUUCCAGAAAACCAUGUUCUGCUUGUUUGAAAAUGAUUGUAAAUGCUGGAGUUAACCGAAUUUCAUAUUGGCCUGCUGAUCCAGAAAUAAGUUUGCUUACGGAGGCUUCUAGUUCUGAAGAUGCAAAGUUAGAUGCCAAAGCAGUGGAAAGAUUGAAGUCAAACAGUCGGGCCCAUGUGUGUGUCUUACUUCAACCUUUGGUGUGUUAUAUGGUGCAGUUUGUAGAGGAGACCUCUUACAAAUGUGACUUUAUUCAAAAAAUUACAAAAACAUUGCCGGAUGCUAACACUGACUUUUAUUAUGAAUGUAAACAAGAAAGAAUAAAAGAAUAUGAAAUGUUAUUUUUGGUUUCAAAUGAAGAAAUGCAUAAGCAAAUACUGAUGACUAUAGGUUUGGAGAACCUGUGUGAAAAUCCAUACUUUAGCAAUCUAAGGCAAAACAUGAAAGACCUUAUCCUACUUUUGGCCACAGUAGCUUCCAGUGUGCCGAACUUUAAACACUUCGGAUUUUACCGUAGCAAUCCAGAACAGAUUAAUGAAAUUCACAAUCAAAGUUUGCCACAGGAAAUUGCAAGGCACUGCAUGGUUCAGGCCAGGUUAUUGGCAUAUCGAACUGAGGAUCAUAAAACAGGAGUUGGGGCAGUCAUUUGGGCAGAAGGGAAAUCUAGAAGUUGUGAUGGAACAGGUGCCAUGUACUUCGUAGGAUGUGGUUACAAUGCUUUUCCUGUUGGAUCUGAGUAUGCUGACUUCCCACACAUGGAUGACAAGCAGAAAGACAGAGAAAUAAGGAAAUUCAGAUACAUCAUACAUGCGGAACAGAAUGCCUUGACAUUUAGGUGUCAAGAAAUAAAACCAGAAGAAAGAAGCAUGAUUUUUGUGACAAAGUGCCCAUGUGAUGAGUGUGUACCUUUAAUUAAAGGUGCAGGCAUAAAACAAAUCUAUGCAGGAGAUGUAGAUGUUGGAAAAAAGAAGGCAGACAUCUCUUACAUGAGGUUUGGGGAGCUUGAAGGUGUUAGCAAAUUUACGUGGCAGCUGAAUCCAUCAGGAGCUUAUGGUCUUGAACAAAAUGAGCCUGAAAGGAGAGAAAAUGGUGUGUUGAGACCUGUCCCACAGAAGGAAGAGCAGCACCAGGACAAGAAGCUGUGCCUCGGAAUCCACUAAGAAGGCCUGUCUACACUGCAGGGGAACCUCAAGAACUUUUCAUUGCACUUCUAAAAUUCAGCCUUGUUCAUUCAGAAAAUAAGGAUGGAUUUUGUGAAUAAUUGAAAAGAUUUUUUAAGGAAGCUAAUUUAUUUCUAGGAUACAAAUGGUGUUAAUAAGAAUAUUUGUCUUUUAGAUUUAUGUGUGGGUUUUCCAUAAUGUAGUGGUGUGUUAUUUUAUUACACAAAAUGAGGGAGCAAUAACUUAAACCAAUGUAAUCACCAACAGGGACUGAUUUCUAUUUAUCUUGACUUUAUAUUAGCCAAUUUGAAAGGGUCUGCUUCACAAGAGGUCAUACCUCUGCAGGGAAUCACACACCUUUUGAGAAAUAUUAAUUCUUUUGAAUUACAAGAGUGACAGUUAGUAAACUGCUCCAGGGAAAUAAGUGUCAUCUUUUAAGAGUCAGUGUAUAGCAAACCAAAAGGUCACAUUUAUACCCAAAGCUUUCUAGUAAUCAGAAUUUACUUAAUUAGAAUUGACUCAUAAAAAUAAAGUUAGUGGACUUGGUCUCCAUUUUUAAAGUAUAUUUUAUAAAUGUUAAUUCUGUGGUCCUGUUUAUCACAGAGUUUGGGUAGCAAUAGGAAGAGAGUGUUAUUCUGAGACAGUGUCACUGCUUGAUAUCACUGACUCUUGAAAUCACUAACAGUGAACCUCUAAUUUGGUUAUGAUGUUAACAGAGAAGAAAUAUUUGAGUCUGGAAUAUUGAAACUAGCUUUCCUAGAAUUCCAUUAAUAAAUGCUGCUCCCAUAUAGUCUUCCCUUCUGUAUAAUUAACAUAGGUUGUCUCAUGGCUUUGAUCUUCAAAAGGAAGAGCCUUUUAAAAACAUUUGCCAACCUCGAGAAUAAAUACUGAAAGUCUUGAAAGUAUGGUCCUUUCAGCUAUUCCAGAUUGCUGUCUGUGAUUUCUCACAUUUUUAUUUGUUGAGAAACAUUCAGAAAAUUAUUCCAAAAAUGAAGGUACAUUUUCUGUUCUCUCCUAGGUUAGAGAGGGGGUGGCCUGGGGUGCUUCAUGAGAAAUGUCUCCCUGGAUCUGCGGUGAUCAGAUUUGCCUCUGCUUUUGUUCCCUGCCUUUCCACAACAUCACACGGCCUCACUGGGCUUCCUACCAGUUUCUCAGAAUUACACGCAGAACCAUCCAGACAUUGGCUCCAUGCCAGGGCUGUGACUGCAGCCUGUUUACGACCAUGGGGAGUUCAGAGCCACCAUACAAGGCAGCCGAGAACCGCCAUAAACUACACAGAUGGAGGGUAUGGGAUAGGACGGGAGAGGAGGCGAAGUACACUUAGAGGGAACUAAGGCUGGUUUGAAAACCAUGAGUUAAGAUAUGCUUAUCAUCAGUAUAAAAACACUGAGAUUGCUUACCUCCCAAAUUGCUUUAUUAUAUUAACUCUCGUGCUUCAGCUCUUGGAUUUGUUGUUUCUAACUAACAUGUCAUGUACACCAAACAUUUUAUAAAUCAAUCAGUAAAUAUUUUGUAAGACCCAAAAUCCUGGCAUACUGCCAGGUCUGUGGAUUUGCCUGUUGGGUGUUGGGAUGGGAUAUGAGAGGAAGAAGCAUACAAGUGGGAAAAACUGUGAUUAGAAAGGGAAAAAUAGGCAUUUCCACAGUACUAUUAAGAGAGUCAUGAUAAUGCCAUUUUUUUUCUUCUGUACAACUGAUCAGAUUUCAAUAAAUAAUCAUUGAUGGUUUA